AUGGCAGCAAUCCAACAAGAAGUGCGCACCGAGGAGAAGGAGAGGAGCGUCGAGGCGGUCAAGACGGAGGAGCAGCCUAUUGGCGUCACGCGCAUCGAGGCCAUGUAUGGCCUCCUGCGUAAGGGCUGGUCCAAGUGGUUCCUCUGGGGAAUGAUUGGGCUCAUGUGUGUCGUCAAUGCGCUGCAGCAGUCGACUACCCUUGCUUACACGCCGUUCGCGACCUCGGCAUACAAGAAGCACACGCUCGUAGCGACGAUUGGUGUCAUCUCCGCGGUCGUCGCGGCCGUGACUCAGCCCAUCGUCGGCAAGAUCUCGGACCUGGCAUCGCGUCCCGCCGCGUUAUGCUUCAUCGUCGUGAUGUACACGGUCGGGUACAUUAUUGUGGCUGCGAGCAAGCGCGUCUCAGACGUGGUCGUGGGACUUGCGCUCAACCAGUUCGGCCAGCUGGGUAUCCGCCAGAUGUGUAUCCUGCUCGUUGCGGACAUUACGCCCCUCGAGUGGCGCGGCGUCGGACAGGCACUCACCAGCGUCCCGUGGAUCCUGUCCGCCUUCAUCGCGGGUUACAUUUCGCAGGGUAUCAACGCGUACUCCCAGAGCGGGUGGCGCUGGGGCUACGGCAUCUUCACGAUUGUCGUACCCGUGUGCAUUGCGCCGACAAUCGCUUUCCUCUUCUGGGGCCAGUCCAAGGUCAAGGACCAAAUUGACGCCAAACACGACCAGACCAUCGGUGCGCGCGUCAAGGCAUUCGUAACCCAGGUGGACAUCAUCGGCCUCCUCCUGAUCGGUACCUCGUUUGCCUGCCUCCUCGCCCCCGGAACCCUGCGCACGACUGCCAAGGGCGGGUUCUCGAACCCCUCCCUGAUCGCGCUGUACGCCGUUGGCGCUUUCCUCUUCUUCGUGUUCGGCGUGUGGGAGUACUUCUUCUCCAAGCACCCCCUCAUGCCCCGCAAGCUCCUCAACCGCACCUAUUACUACUUUACCCGCCGCCUGGGCGAGACGUACGACCUGUCGUGGAUCUACAUCAUCAAGCCCGAGUGGAGCGACCGCAACUACACCUACUACGGCAACAUUAUGAUCACGGGCCUGUGCAUCUUUGCGCUUGUGGCCGGUGUGCUCAUGCGCGUCACGCACGGCUACAAUGGCCAGGGGAUCCAGUACCUCGGUGCGAGCGGCAACCAGUCGGCAGGCACCCUCAUUAUUGGCCGCAUCCUCAUGUCCGUCGGUGGCGGAACGCUCUUCAUCACGACGCAGGUCGCGGCGCAGGCAUCGGUCGGGCACGCAGACAUGGCCAUGGCCAUCGCGAUUAUUGGCCUGUGGACACAGCUCGGCGGCGGCGUCGGUGCGGCCAUCUCCGGCGCCGUAUGGAACGAGAACGUGCCGAAGAACUUGGAAAAGUAUGUGGGCGACACAUACAACGCGACGCAGCGUGCCGAGAUCUUUGGCACGCUCCUCAAGGCGCGCAAGGCCGAGCCGCACGACCUCAUCAACCAGGCAUACACGGACGGUAUCCGCCCACUGUACCUCGCCGCCCUCAUCAUUUCGCUCCUUGCGUUCAUUCCCGCGCUCCUCACCCGUGAGAUUUAUCUCGGCAAGUCGCACAAUGUCGUCGAUGAGCGGGACAUGAAGGACAUGCAGGUUGAGGCGCUUCCCGAGCCGCGCAGGGAGGAGAAGGCGUGA